UUUAAUGCUGGGGUCUGGGCAUACGAUACACACUAUUAUGGGACUACUCCAGCCAAAAAACCUGCCCCUUACGCUGUCCCAUCGCACCGACCCCUUUGCACCGGCUUGGUGGCAUAUGCACACUGUGCGUGAAGCAGGCAGGUGAAAUAUGAGUUAUUCUCAAAGCCAGGAGAACUAGUCCGUUGGGAUGGGGGCGUUUUGUGAGCUGGUCGAUGGGCUGAUGAAGCUAGUGUGAAAACUCUUACCUUGGUUUUAUGCCACUGAACUUCUGCCUCUCAGAUGUUACUGAUCCGCAAUAUACAAUUAUCACUGUUUCACAAUUAGGCCCGCGAGCGCAACGUCGCAGCCCGCAAAGACUGGCGGGUUAGGACAGCGCCCAAUCGAAAAGAGCCCUGACAUUCAUUCAACGGCUAAAUGUUCAUCACGCUCGUUGCAGCUGGGCCUGGUGGGCCUGCUGGUUUGUAAGCUGACCCUUGCGCUCUUGCCCCGCUGACCGGGGCCUGGGGCGAUGUCGAACGCUAUCAAACCUCGUGGGCGUGGCCUAUUUGUCCACGCACAUCAGCGAGUGAAAGUUGAGGCCACGGCGCUUUGGCGUAUAAUCCGUGAGUAUCCGUCAACAGCUGUCGCGCCACUGGUCAUCCUCGUCCUUGUUCUUGGCUUCGGGCUGUGGGGCGUUGAUCGCGUUGCCCGGAGCGAGGCACAGAGCUCCCGAUCACGCGCCGAGGCCGCUGCUGUCAAUGCGGCGGGCUGGGUGCAGCAGCGUGUGAAUGUGGCCGUGGCGCCGGUGAUGCUGCUGACGGCCGUGGUGGAGACGCGGCCCGACUACGCAUCGGCAUCGGAGCUGUUUGCGGGCAUGGCGCCAGCACUGCAUGCACAGACGCCGCCGGGCUCCCUCCGGCGGCUGCUCCUGGCGCCGGCCGGCGUCAUUCGCAACGUGUUCCCGAUCCAGGGCAACGAACGCGCCGUUGGCCUGGACCUGCUAAACGACACGGUGUCGGGCGUACCGCAGCGGUACAGCGGCAUCCUCGCCGCUGUACAGGCACGCGGCGUCACCAUGAAUGGCCCGUAUGUUCUGCUGAACGGCGGCGUCGGCAUCGGAGUCAACGCGCCCAUAUUCGUGCCCGCAUCCAGCCCGGCCCAGCGCUUCGGGCAGCCAGACGCCGUCAGUGACUACUGCGGCGCGCCGUGCGCCUACAACUCCAGCGCGGGGCUGGCGUUCUGGGGACUGGCGGGUGUGGUGAUCGAUGUGGCAGCACUGGUGGGCGGUGGCAACUCGCCGCUGCAGCCACUGGAGGCUGCCGGCUACCGCUUUCGGCUGACGGCCCCGCAGGCGCCCGUCAACAUGCGGCUGGUGGCGGGCUCGGGCGGCGAGCCGGUGGACCCGGUGGUGGUGCCGGUGCAGCUGCCCAACAACGUGUGGCUGCUGAGCGUGUCGCUGGCAAAUGGGCCCUGGCGCCCCGAGUGGUUCGGCGGCCUGGUGGCGGCGGUGGUGGUGGUGGCGGUGGCGCUGUCCGGCAUGAUGUUCGCAGCGCUGGUGUCCAGGCGCAAGCACGAGCAGCUACUCAUGGCAAUACUGCCAAAAGAGAUGAUCGACGACCUGACGUCCAAGAGUGUUGUCCAGCUCGGACCCGCCAUCGUACGCACCGAUACGCCCGCUGACGUGUUGCUGCGAAUGAUGGGCGAGCUGCUGAGCGGCAACAUGCCGCCAACCCGUGAUGUCGUGUUUAUCCGGACAGCGCUGCUUCGCAACAUGGAUGUCUACCAGCCCCUCAACCUGCACGGCCAAAUCAAAGGAGCCAACCUGGACACGGACGUGAUGCAAGCACUGAUGAAGCAGUUGGGUGCCUUGCCGGGUGGCGUUGAGUUCAUGAUGGAUGAUGACAAUGACCGGCCCGGCGGCAGCGCCGGCGCCAUCAUCAUCAACCCCUCUGACAUGGGCGACGGUCUGGGCGGCGGCGGCGUGUGGGGCCUGACAGAUGACGACAUCACCGCCACAACCUCGCCGUACAUGAGCCGUACACUGACGCCGCCGCACGGCCACACCUACAGCUUCGAGACGCUGUCCGGUGCGCUGGCUGCGUUGCUGGCGCCUCCGCCCGCGCUGCUGCUCCCGCACCCGGCGCACGCCGCGCGGCAGCAGUCCCUGGCACAGUCGCAGCCCCAGCAGGCGCAGCAGUCACACAUGUCGCUGCAGCUGCAACUGCAGCACCAGCUACAGCAGCAGAUGCACGGCGCCAGCGGCGCCGGGCUCAGCAACACGCAGCUCAUGCUGCUGAGCGCUCGGGACGCCGCGGGCUCCCACGGCCAGGUGCCACUGCAGCACCAGAACCAGCAGCACCAGCACCAGCACUCGCCGUUCGUGCUGCCCAUGAAGCAGCAGGCCACAUCGCACGCCGCAGCCGGCACCGCCAGCACCGCACAUAGCGACAUUCCUGGCGCCGAGCCUACAGCCCAUCUGUCCAGCGCCGCGCGCGACUGCCUGCUGCAGCCCAGCUCAGCUGCCGGCGGUAGCGGCGGCGGCGGAAUGCUGGCGGUGGCUGCGGACGUCAUAGCCACACAGUUCGCCAAGCGCUCCGGCACCGGCGGCAGUCUGUCCACCUACAGCCGCGCACCCUCGGCCGCGAUGGGCGGCGCCGCCACCAUGUCAGGCGCCGCCGGCGCUGCCGUCAUGCCGCUAGCGCCCAGCCUGCUGAGCGGCGGCGCCGGCUUUGGCACGCCGGCGGCUAGCGGCCGUAUGGCGCGGGUCGUGGUCAUGUCGGCGUGUGCCGCUGCCGCCGCCGGUGCCCCCGGCACGCCGCUCAGCAUGUGCAUGGACGCGGCGGACCCGACGAUGGAGGCGGCAGCCGGCGCCUUGCACACGGGCACGGGCCUGAGCAGCGCCGCCACCGCGCAGUUUGACUGCCUGCCCACAGGCGGCCUCACUGCGCUCAUGAACAGCCCCUCUGAGGCGGCCCUUGCGACAGGCACCGGCUCGCCCGUGCACCACCACCACCAGCCACAGCACCAGCAGUCACAGCUUCAGUCGCAGCCGCAGCAGCCGUUGGCGCCGUCGGCGCCGCCCUCUCAGGUGCGGCCGCGCAGCAGCCUGAAAGCCGCGGUGCUGGCGCUGGGCGCGGCGGUGGUGGGCAGUGGCCGCCGCACCGCCGCCGGCGACGUGGCGAGCUCCCUGGCGGCUGGCAGCACGGCGCCGGCGGCGGCGCCGGCGCAGCUCCCGCAGCCUCUUUCGCCGGUGGCGGCCAGCGGACCGCUGCUGCCGGUGUCCCCCACGCAGACGCACAUGCACACGCACUCAACGUGCGGGACUGGCUCGUGUGUGGGCGGCGGUGCGCCUGUUUUGCCGCCGGCGGCGCAUGUGAUGGUCGCGCUGCCGCCUCCGCCGCCGCCAGUGAUUGAGGAGGUGGAGCGGCUUCUCGCGCACGCCGACGGCUGGCAGUUCAACACGUGGCGGCUGGCGGAGGCGACCGGCGGUCACGCGCUGUCGGCGCUUGGGUUCUUCCUGCUGCAGCGUGAGGGGCUGAUCGACAAGUUCAAGAUUAAACGCACCAGGCUGGCCAGGCUGCUUCUGGCAGUGGAGCAGGGGUACCCCUCCAACCCCUACCACAACGCCACGCACGCGGCGGAUGUGCUGCAGACACUGCACGUGCUGCUUCACGGCGCCGGACUGGCGACCAACUAUGUGGACCGGCUGGGACUGCUGGCUGCCUACUUCGCGGCGAUUAUUCACGACCACGGCCACCCCGGCCUGACCAACGACUUCCUGAUCGCCACGUCUGAUGCGCUGGCGGUUCGUUACAACGACCGCUCGCCGCUGGAGAACCACCACGCCGCCUCCGCCUUUGCGCUGCUGCUGCGACCUGAGUGCGACAUCACAUCGCAGCUGAGCACCCAGGACAAAGCCGCCUUCCGCAAGCAGGUGAUCGACAUGGUUCUGGCCACGGACAUGAAGCAGCACUUCGCCAUCCUCUCCCAUUUCAAAACGGUGCACCGACUGGGCGCCUACACGCCGGGCGCGGCCGCAGCCGGCGCCAACGGAUCGCCGGCCGGCCCUAGGGCCCCGGCGGCAGCAGUUCGGGGCUCCAACGAGGACGCGCCUGCCGGCAAGGAGGGCGCGGCUGCCAAGAGCUCCAACUCGCAGACGGCGCAGCCCGGCCCUGCGGCGGGCGGCGUCAACGGUGGCAGAACCUUCCGGCGCACCUCCCUCCUCAUGCUUGAUGGCACGACUGCAGGGGCCAACACCAAUGCUGGCGAUGGCGAGAGCCGGCGGGCGUCGGUUUGCACGUUGGCCAACAGCCCGACGCCGACGGCACCCGUACCCCUGGAUGAAACAGAGAGGCUGCUGACGCUGCAGGUUGCCCUCAAGGUUGCGGACAUUGGCCACCUGGGCGAGGUGCUGCCUGUGCACGAGAGGUGGCUGGGUGUGCUGGAGGAGGAGUUCUUCAACCAAGGCGACAAGGAGAGGGAGCUGGGUAUCCCCAUUAGCCCACUUUUCGACCGCGCCAAGCAGGGCGUGAGCAAGAGCCAAGUGGGCUUUUAUGAUUUUGUGGCGCUGCCUCUGGUGCACGCGCUGUCGUCGGCCUUCCCCGGGGCGCGGCCGCUUAUGCAGUCCUUCGUCGCCAACUACGAUCACUGGCGGGCGGUGGAGGCAAAGCAACAGGCCGCCAACGCGCUCCUGAUGUCGACACAUGGCAGCGUUGCAAUGGGCUCCAACGGUGGUGGAGGAGGAGGCGGCGGCGGAGGAGGAGGAGGUGGAGGAGGAGGAGGAGGAGGAGGAGGAGGAGGAGGAGGAGGAGACGGCGGCAGCGGCAGCGAUGGCAACAAGGGCGACCCUGCGGCUGGCGGCGGGAGCCGCAGCGGCGGCCCUGCAGUGGCGGCGGCCGCGGCGCCAAGCGGGAAGAGCGCCAAGCCCGGCCCGCGGCUUUUGGGCAUGUUCACACACAGCAACGCGGGAGGCAAGGCAGGUGACGGCGACGGCGCGCCCGCAGACGAGGAGGCCGGCGGCAGUGGCUCACUGAACAAGAUGUUCGCUCAGGAGGUGUCGCGCGGGUCAGGCCCCAACCGGCGCGGCUCGCCUGCUGUCGCGGUGGCGGUGGUUAGCUCUCAGCCGCAGCCCCCACGUGCUUAGGUGCCACCGGCGGGGUGGCCUGGAGAUAUUUGGUCGUACAUGUACAUUCGUACGCCCGGGCGCCGGUCUACAGCAUUGUUAUUGCUCCCGGAAGAUUAUCUUUCUGUAUCUGUCCGUGCGUCCUCCGCUUUGUGUCGGCUAUAUGGGACAUGAAAAAGGCAAAGCAAGUGCCUAAUGUAGUUGCGGCCGGAUAAACAAAAUUGCACCCAGCCCAGGCACCGACGAUCAUGGAAAUACGUCGCCCCCACGCCGGAGACUGCCCAGCCCCCCGUCCUCCGCUAAGGCUGUUGCAAAGCCUGCGUGUGCAAGUGCUGUGUCAGUGGCUGCUUGCUUCUGAGUAGCUGAUACAUGGAACUGCUUUCUAAGCUCCAAAGUUUGCAAUGAGGAAGCGCUGUGCGUAGCUGCUUCACUUUCUUAGGGCCGCUUGGACGGAAGGGCAAUCCGGUGAGGAAACCUUGAAGUUUGGGAGAUCACACAGUACGUGAGCACGUGUUACGUGGGCACGGGUUAUGGUGGGGUGAUGGCCUGUCCAGGGCGUGGGCCCUUUGUCAUGCCCCAGGAGUGACAACUGGCCGAGCGCGACAGCUUCAUCGCAACUGCUGAAUCUGCCUGAACAUCUGGGCUUAAAACCGCUUUCAUAAACAAUCUGAUUUGAUACAGAGGACGCGUGGGUGUGGAAAUGGGAAACAUUUUAACGAGUUCAGGUGAGGGCCAAGAUUUGGGCCAUGGGGGGUUCAGCAUUGCGGCGGGUGGGUUACCUGAUUCUUCCAAUUGCUUCGCAUUACCUCGCGAACUUCUGCCGCAUGACGCAGGGGCGUGCAUGACUAGCAGCACGUGUUCGGCGGGUGGGAGGACGAGGCACCUUAAAGCGCCCUGCGCUGUCGACUAGCAGACGUCGAGGGCUACGAGCACACGUGCUCCCAUCAUGUGGCUUGACAGGCAGGUGUUUUGGGCAGGACUGUGUGAUGCUGCAUUGCAGGAGUUUGUUGUGUUGGUGUUUUGCCGGGAUCAGAAGGCUGGUUGGCAGGGCCUUGGGCCGCCGUGGGUGAGACUGCCGCAGGUAGGCCGAACAUGUCGUGUGCAGUGCGAGCCAUGGCUGCAGCACCAUGGCUGGCUCGCGUUCUAAAUGGAUUAGCAGUCACCGCGCAGUCAAAUUUUGUGGUCGUCACGGUCUGUGAUGAGGCGCGGGCUCAUACGCCAGUCUUGCGAAAGUGAGGCUGGCUUGAAGGAACAGGUGUGGGUGUGCGAGGGGUGGUUAGGGAUCGCACCAAACGCCGGGCCAUUGCUUGCACAAUGUGCGCGUUGGCCGCUGCUGAGAAUGCCCGAACAAAUGCGAAGACGCGGGGAGGUGUUGGGUAAGCUAGGACGGUUAUAGGACGGUAAUAGCGGCCGACGGCUGAGGGGCCGGAUCCGGCCUUCUGGUGGUCAAUGCGGGUUUGUGCACGUCUUUGAUUUUGUUUGGGCGGUGGAGGGAGGAUACGCCCGCGUGACUAAUCGACGGGGCGGCGCCAGUUGUCUGGGGAAUCGUUUCCACCAUCCGCAAUGGAUGCGGAUGUUACAGAGGGGACAGUCCCAGCUCCCGAAGACGCCGAGCCAUCACAUGCUAUCAGGGCCCAACCCCGACUUUGCU